AUGCAGGCGCACCAGCUCAUCAGGCAGGACAACCUGGUUGACUGUGGCGUCUUCUUGUGCCACUACUUGCGCGGACUCGUAGAGUCAGACUUCUCAACGGUGCUGAAGUAUCUGUAUUUGGACGGCGUGAGCGGUGGCCAGUACCGCCGGCGCAUGCGUGCGGAUCUGUGCGCGCAUGCAUCCUGUGAGCUCGUACCUGCGCUGACCACACGGGGGAAGAUCGUUCCACCGCAGUAUGCACCUCGGACAUCGGAAAUCGGCACUGUGAGGGCGUCGGACGAGGUGGACAUGAGGAGCCGUCUCGCUCAGUACCAGGUCGAGGUGUACGGACUGCGGAGGGACCAUGUCAUCUGGGGCGCGGAAGUGACCGCGCUCGGGAACGCCAUGGGGUACAGCAGAUAUCAGAUGCUCGCAGCUGCCGCGUACGUGGUGAAGACAGACGGAGGGGCUUAUCGGAGCAUUGAACCGGCAGCAUCACCCUCUACGCCGCCUCACCUGCCUUGUGAGCGCACCGGUGGACCCCUCCCCGCCGAACCCUGUGGCGCGCAAUCGUGUGCGACGGGAGGUUUCGUGGCACACACGGACCUGGACGUAAUCCAUCAGCACCCCCGGCCCCUUCCUCCCUUAUCGCGUGUGUCGCCGGCCCAUGACAGUCCUGGUGGGCCGAAGACCCCUACCAACGGGAACGGUGAAGUCGCCCCGGGUGUACGUGCACCGACAGAGGUCCUGCUAGACACGCCUGCAGCGAAAAGGGGGGAGAAGCGACCGCGUGUCGAGGGCGGAAGCUUGGCAGCGGAAGGUACAACAGCCGCUGGUGGUGGGGGGGGAAGUGGUGGGUCCUCACAGUACACCGGGGUGCGGCGAGAAAAGAAGAGGGGGACAUGGAGCGCGAAGAUAUUGGUGAGGGAGCCUGGUCAGGCCAGGCGGACGCAGAUGCGGUUGGGGUCAUACACACAGGAGCCAGAGGCAGCUUACGCUUACGCCGCAGCUGCUCAUGUGUUAAGGCCUGGCGUCGUCAUUCCGCGCACGAUCCAGUUGACACCAACGGAACAGAGCCUUCUGGCAGGAUGCUCCAAAAAGGUCAUCAAGCUCCUUGUCAAGAGUCGGAUGUGGUUCCGCUGGAGAGAGUGGGAGCAGGCUGUGCUGGACUGCCAUGGAAACAUGGAUAAUCCUGAGGCCGAGACCCCAACCGGGUCUGCAGCGGGAGGGGGUGGGGACGAGGUGGAGGAGGAGGGGGGGCAGGACGCUGAUGUCGGCAUGGACGAUGGGCAGGCGGAUACUGAACCUGUCAAUCAUACUGCUGCUGUUGGAGUUUAUGGUAAUGGGAGUGAUGCACAGAAUGGAGUUCCAGGGGAUGAUGGAGUACCAGGGGAGGACGAUUUGACGGCGGGAGGCGUUCACGGGAGUUCGAACAUGGAGACCUCGGACGCGUCGAUCGAGCCCCAGCCUGCUUCCAGGUCACAGCGGGUGUCCAAACCUCCGUCGUACCUGCGUAACGCAUACCAGCUGACUCAGAAGCGACAGCGCGGGAGGAAAGCGGAGCGGGCGGUUGCAGUGCCAGCCAAGCGCGCAAGGGUUUCCCAGGCGAAGGGGGUUCCUCUUAAUGCUACAGCAUCCGCUGAGCCGGAGACUUCAGUGGCGGAGGCACCUCAGGCAGAGGUGGAGAUAAGCAUCGGUGCGGGCGAUGAGGACAUCGAGAGUGAGAGCGAGGCACGCCCGGCGCCGUCCCGGUCGAAGAACUUGGCCUCUGUGAUGGCAGAGUCUCAGGCGACUGCCACCACCAGGCCCCGACCUCCGCCCGUGCGCGUGCCGGACAACCCUUUUGUGGCCAUGCCUGUAGCUGGGUCGUCUCGUGACCCGUCAGCGCCCGGGGAGGAGACACACAUUCUGGUUAGUCGAGCGGAGUUCGAGGCCUUGAAGAAGGCGCAAGAAGCGAGCGCGCGCAACGUGGCCCGUCUUGAAGAUGAGCUGCGGUCUGCUAAGGCUGUGCAGGCGCGUGCACCCCCUCGCAGGCCGGACGAGCAUGUCUCGGGGAGCGGUGGAGCUUCUGGUCGGAAGCGGAAGCGUCGGGAAGAACUCGUCGAUGAGGAGACAUCCGACGAGGAGAGCGAGGAUGAGCCACCCGCGAAGAGGGGGCAUUUGAGGGUGUCCAAGUUACCGGUCCUGCAGCGGGCGCUCAAUUUUCUGCCUGCAAACAAGGCGUGGAAGCGCGCGUGCGACCUGGUGAAAGAUUACCUCUUCUUCGAGAAGGAGAACGACCGGAUUACGUUCUAUCCGAGCAGCGACGACAAGACGGUGGGAGUGUGUGCAGUGAUCGAGCGCCUGCCUUUCAACUUCGCGACACUGGCUCGAGCCGCGGACAAGGCAAGACGGCAGGAUUUGAACAAGGCCCUUAGCGAGUGGAAGUCAGGCGCAGCAGGAAGGACGCGGGACAUCUCGUGUCCACGGAUGGGGCUUUUCCGCGACGAGCGAGAUACGCGCAGCCCAUGGGCCACGAAGAAGGACCGUACUCUGGAGGAGAUCCGAUCGCAUUAUGGGCUGCUGCUGGGCGUUGACGAUCCCCUGGCAUUGUCCAAGUUUGGGAACGAUCGGGAGGGGAUGCCGUUCGCCUCUGGCGCAUUCGUGGCAUGCGCGGUAGCGGCAUUCAAGCCGAAGAAGGUGGCCGGGCCACUGACGGUGAAGCUUUACCACCUGGCGUGGCUGGAGCAUGUGGUGACCGACACGCUGGUGAACUGGGAGGCGAGGAAGGCGCGACUGUCGAACUCUGCUUGUGGAAACGCGCAGGUGGUCGAUGGGCUCGUGAUCCUUGCGCGUGAAGCAGUGUCGAACGCGAUCAGAAUCUUCAAGCCUAAGUACGACAUGUCCUCGUGCUCGUGGACCUGGGGGCGCCAUGGCCUUCGGCUGUCCUCGUGCGGGCUGGAGGACUUAAUUCCAGCCGCUACCGCACCCCGUGAUGGGGCGGAGGUUCAGGCGGAAGAGAUCUCUGGGUCGCUUGGAGGGCCGUAA